CUUAACAGAGAAUUUGCACAACUCAAGAAAAAAUUGGCUGAACUAAACAACACUGUCAAUGAUAUAAAGCAGAAAGGUUGGUGUGCUUAUGUCUUUCUGUGUUCAAAUUAUUCCAUCACAGCAUCACAAGUUCAGCAUAUACAAUGUUACAUGAAUGUGGUGAAUUUUGGUUUGUACUCUUUUACAAAUACAAUGUAUUACAAGUUUCAAAAAUGUACAGGUUUACAUGAAAGCGAAUCGAUACUGCAUUAUACCAGAAUAAUUUAAACAAGAAUGAACAUAAAUUAAUACACAUUUGUUGCAUAUUCGUUAAAAUGUGUAGUUGUAUAUUGAUAUAUUUGUUCUAUGCAGAGAAAAAUAUCUUCCCGUUAACUAUUUUUAUCUAGUUUUGCAAUUUUAACAUUUUAGGGAAAAGUUGUGCUGAACUCUAUAAAUCCGGAGUGAGAUAUGAUGGUGUUUACACUAUCAACCCUGAUAUCCUUGGAUCUUUCCAAGUCAGAUGUGAUAUGCAAACAGAUGGUGGAAGGUGGACAGUGUUCCAAAGAAGACAAGAUGCAAGUGUUGAUUUCUAUCGUGGAUGGCAAGAUUACAAAAAUGGCUUCGGUGAUCUUAACGGUAAUUUUUGGCUUGGAUUGGAUCGAAUACAUCGUUUGACAAAAUCAGAACAAAAUGUUCUAAGAGUGGACUUGAUGGAUUGGACUAGCGACACAGCGUACGCAAAGUAUGGAUCAUUUUCUGUGGCGUCUGAGUCUGACGGUUAUAAACUGAACCUAGGCAGUUUUUCAGGUAAAUAUGAUUUGAUAAAUAUUAAUUUUAUUAUAUACAGUAUAAGUAGAGACGAAGCAAGGGAUGGGGUGUGGCUUAUAUAUGCCUGAAGGUCAUGUUACAGGAGGCAAGUUUUGCUACCUAUAGCAACGUAAUUUCGGACACAAAGCCAUGUUAUCUAAAACGUAGUCACAUGAAAGAUAGGUAGCUUAAGAUACACCAAAUCUACGACGCGGACGUGACGAAAAACUGCCGCUAUUAUCACAGUUUCACUUCGCAGGUAAAAACUAUGGAUUGGUUAAUGCUGGUAAACAAAGCCAGGGACACGAGAAAAACAAUUAAAGUAAAACUAGUCUCCCAUUAUUAGCGUCUGUUUUUUAGUCGCGUCUGCGUCACAGAUUUGGUGCAUCUUAAGCCCGUUCUCCACUAGGCGAAUUUAUUCGCGCGAACAGAUAAAAAGUAGGAAGCGAUCCUACUUUUUCGCCGCGAAUUUUUUCGCCGACCAAUCACGUUGCCGGAUUUCGGUUUUCGCUUCGCGUCGCGCGAAAAAAUUCGCCUAGUGGAAAACGGCCUUUAAGCUCCCUCCAAUUGAUCAUUUGAAAUACUCCCUUUUCCCAAUUCUCCUUAUAUAUUCACGCUUGGCAUAAAAUGUUGCGAAAUCGGCCAAACUGCCGAUCAUGAAGUUCAGCGGUCUUGCCCAUGAGCAUAGAAAAAAUUCAAGAUGGCGGCGAUUAGGAGUGAAUUGCAAAAUCUGUUAGGGCGAAUUUUUCAUCUUGUGAAAUAGAAAACUGUUGUGGAUUAUUGCGGAAACAAUCGAUGGGGACUGGUCAAUGUGCGAAACAAACCUUCAAUGAGAAAAUCACGUUCGAAUUAACAGAUUGGCAAAGGCAAACUGGUCAAUUUCUUUCUGUUGACAUGUUAAAAUACUUCUUGUAUAAGAUUUAA